AUGAACCGGAGGCUUGAGAAUGCGACAGAGCCUGCGAGCUCUCGCGGCGGCGUGCAUAGCUCCGGCGUGAUCGAAGAAUCAACGAGCCGACGAGUUCCUCGCGCCGGAAGGUCCGUGCUGUUGCCGAGCGAGGUUUUUCGGCCGCUCAGGGUUUUGCGAGGAGGAAGAAGAAAUGAGGAUACAGGAACUGCAGCUGAUGUUAAGGACAUAACUGAACAUCCCGGGCCCAAACAAGAAGAAGAGAACAAAGGAGAAGAGACAAAGGCCGAGGAUGAAGACAAAGAGGAAGAGAAGCAUGUCGAGGAAGAGAAGGAGAUCGAGCUGGAGCAAGAGUUAGAGCCAGAGAUGAAACCGGUAGUAGAAGAGGAAGAGGCAGAGCCUGGGAGAUUCAUAUCCUGCGACUCGCCGGAUCAUUACUUCUCUCCGAGAAGAGAUGAGGAAGCGCUGGAAGGGAACGCGUCUGAGGGGCUCUCCUCCGAGUACAACUCACCCUGGCAUGAACCGGUGAAGGAGGGCGAGUACAGUAAAGUGAGUUGUGGAAGAGAAGAAUCCAACUGGACUGGAAAAGGCAGAGGAAUGGAAGAAGGAAAUUGA